GGAUGAUAAACAGUGACGACAGCUCAACAGAAAGCAAUUGAACUUAAGCCAACACAACACAGGCGUGCUGACUUCAUAAAUCAAGAUGUCUGUCCCUGCAUGGUUGUUGCUCUUUGCUGAGUCAAAGACCUACUGGGGAGACGUUGAGGUUCUGAAAGAGGUGAAGAAAUCGGUCGACCCCAAAUCAGUGAGCCCUGGUUCGUGCUUGAGCUCCUGGGAUUUCUCUGUUGAUCCAUGUGACAAUCUUUUCAGUGAGCAAUUCACUUGUGGGUUCAGGUGUGAGUUAGUGGUUGCCAAGUUAAGCCGGGUCACUGAACUCAGUCUUGACCAGGCGGGUUAUUCUGGUUCAUUGUCAUCGGUAUCUUGGAACAACCUUCCAUAUUUAGAAACCCUUGACCUCUCAAACAACUAUUUCUCAGGGUUUAUUCCUGACUCUUUGUCCAAUCUAACUCGGUUGAUUCGACUAGCCAUGUCGAGAAAUGUGUUUUCUGGAGCAAUACCCGCCUCGAUUGGCUCACUCUCUAGCUUGGAAGAGCUUUACCUUGAUAACAACAACCUUGAAGGCACAAUUCCUGCGAGUUUCAAUGGCUUGUCUAGCUUGAAAAGGCUCGAAAUUCAAUCAAACAAGCUUACUGGUGAGUUUCCCGAGUUGGGUUCGCUCAAAAACCUUUACUUUUUAGAUGCAAGUGACAAUGCGAUAUCAGGACAAGUACCGGCAACAUUACCAAGCUCUCUGGUUCAAAUCUCCAUGAGAAACAACAAGCUAGAAGGUACAAUACCAGAAAGCUUCAGAUUUUUUCCUUCUUUGCAGGUGAUGGAUCUGAGUAACAACAAACUCAGUGACUCAGUUCCCUUUUUUCUUUUCAACCAUCCUUCUCUUCAACAACUCACUCUGUCAUUCAACCAUUUCACCUCCAUACAAUCGCCCGCCGUCUUAACCACCGUCCAGAGCCAGCUCAUAGCCGUCGACUUAAGCAACAACGAGAUUCAAGGAUUUCUUCCUUUAUUCAUGGCUUUAAUGCCAACCCUUUCAGCAGUUUCUCUAGAAAACAACAAGUUCACCGGAAUGAUACCAACCCUGUACGCGAUCAAGGUAGUUAUGCCCGGAUCCGGAAUGGCUCCAUUCCAGAGGCUGUUGCUCGGAGGAAACUACUUGUCUGGACCCAUACCCGGUCUGUUCAUGGGGCUCCAACCGGGCUCUGCCAACAUCAGGUUGGCUGAUAAUUGCUUGUACCGGUGCUCAUUUUCUUUCUUCUUUUGUCAAGGUGCUGAUCAGAAAUCCUUAUUGGAAUGUAAGCGAUUUAGCCCUGGAAUUCCUUGAAAGCAAAAUAAUUUGAUUAGGGCAUGUAAUGUAAUUAACUAUGUUGUAUUAUUUGUCUUGUGUUAUGUUGUGGUUUGGUAGCUAUGUUGUGUUAUUAUUUUUGGGUUGUAACUUGGACCGUCAAUUUGAUUGAAAUUCGGUGGCCAGUCUUAGGUUUGGAUAUGAA